UGACAACAGCGUCAAUGUGAAAAUUCCAGUUGUCCUUGUUGCUGUUUAUUUUUAUUUGCCUGGUUUCUCAGGAUAUCUCAUAGUGUCUGCUGGUGUCGGGACAUGUUAAUCUGAUAACUGUUGACAUAUCCAACAUUUUUUGUUGUUUCCAUAAAAGACUCGGAAGUGACGGCAGAGGCACGUGUUUGUUAUUAUGAAAUCUCAUUGGCUGCUGCCGACCGGUUUUGAAAACGUCCUGUGAUUUGAGGCGGAGGGAAAGUUCAAACCUGAGGAAACAGAGACGGUAAAAAAGCACAACAGCAGCUGGCUACAAUGAUCAGACAAGCGAAGGGUAAAACCCCCCGCAGGCCUCCUCCAAGAAAGCCUGCCAGCAACCAGAAAGACCCAGUUGGGGUGUACUGCCGUGUACGUCCUCUGGGUGUGGAGGAUGAAGAGUGCUGCAUCGAGGUGAUCAGCAGCACGACUAUCCAGCUGCACGCCCCUGAAGGCUUCAGAACAAACCGCAAUGGAGAGUACAAAGAGACACAGUAUUCCUUCAAAAAAGUCUUUGGGGUUUCAGUAUCUCAGAUGGAGCUGUUUGAGUAUGUGGCCAAACCUCUUGUUGACGAUCUCAUCCAUGGAAAAAAUGGCCUGCUCUUCACGUAUGGGGUGACAGGAAGUGGAAAGACGUUCACUAUGACUGGCUCUCCAGGUCAGGGUGGACUUCUACCUCGCUCCCUCGACAUGAUCUUCAAUAGUAUAGGCCCCUACCAGGCCAAAAGAUAUGUUUUUAAGACAGAUGAUAAAAAUGGUAUGGAGGUCCAGAGUGAAGUUGAUGCUUUGUUGGAGCGCCAAAGGCGAGAAAACAACUUGCCUGUACCUAAAACACCCUCCUCAAGACAAAAGCUUGAUCCUGAAAUUGCUGACAUGAUAAAGCCGGAGGAGGCUUAUAAAGCAGAUGGUGUUGAUGAGGACAGCAGCUACAGCAUCUUCGUCUCCUACAUAGAAAUCUACAACAACUACAUCUAUGAUCUCCUUGAGGAAACUCAGGAAGAUGCAAUCAAACCAAAGUGGAAUGGUGGAGGCACACCUGUGCGCCAGAACACUGAGUUCAUACCACCUCAGUCUAAAAUCCUCAGAGAGGAUCAGAAUCACAACAUGUAUGUGGCUGGUUGUAUGGAAGUCGAAGUCAAGUCUGCUGAGGAGGCAUUUCAGGUAUUCUGGAGAGGUCAGAAGAAGAGGAAGGUUGCAAACACCCGGCUGAACAGAGAGUCCAGCCGCUCCCACAGUGUGUUCAUUAUCAAACUGGCUCAGGCUCCUCUUGAUGCAGAUGGCGACAACAUUCUCCAGGAUAAGAACCAGGUGACUGUCAGUCAGCUGUGCCUGGUGGACUUGGCAGGAAGUGAGCGCACUGGUAGGACGGGGGCAGAAGGCACUCGUAUACGGGAAGCAGGCAACAUUAAUCAGUCUUUGCUGAAUUUGCGGACAUGCAUUGAGAUACUCAGAGAGAACCAGAUGUGUGGCACAAACAGGAUGGUCCCCUACAGAGACUCUAAAGUAACCCAUCUGUUCAAGAACUACUUUGAUGGAGAGGGAAAAGUCAAAAUGGUUGUUUGUGUCAAUCCUAAAGCUGAUGACUACGAGGAAACAUUGCUGGUGAUGCGGUUUGCAGAGAUGACCCAGGAGGUGGAGGUAGCUCGGCCAGUGGACAGGCCCAUCUGUGGCUUCACUCCAGGCCGCCGUCACAGAAACCAGGCCUUUAAAGAAGAACUGUCUCGCAAGCUGGAGGAGCGUGGAGGUCCAAUAGACAGGGAUGUGCCCACUGUUAUAAACCACUUGGUGCACAGCCUCCCACCUCUACCCUCCUGUGAGCUGACCGAUCCCCACGAUGACAUCACCCUGCCGAGGCUGAUCGAAGCUCUGCAGAACAGACACAGGAUCAGGCAGAUGAUGACGGAAGAAUUCAAUAAAGCAGCCAACACGAUGAAGUCUAUGCUUCAGGACCUGGACAGCAACCUCAUUGCCAAAGACAACUUCAUUCAUGAACAAAAUGGCAAACUAGGAGAGAAAGACAAAAUCAUCCAGGCCAACAAGGAAGAGAUUGAACGCUUGGAGAAGAGAGCCAGGAUGCAAGAACACAAGAUUGACAUCCUGCAGAAAACAACUAAAAUCUAUGAGGGCGACAAGCGUUCACUGCAGCAUGAGCUGGAAACCAGAGAGCAGAGGCUACAGAGGGAGCUUUCUGAGAAGAGACGCAUGGAGCAGCGCAUGCAUGGUGUAGUCUCAGACACCCAGCAUAAGUGGGAGAAAGAAUGCGAGCGGCGUGUUAAUGCGAUGCAGCUGGAGAUGCAGAACAAGCUCUGGGUGAAAGACGAGAAGCUGAAGCAGCUCAAGGCCAUCGUGACGGAGAGCAAGACUCCAGGUCGUCCUGAUCCUCCACCGCGUCAGACGCAGCCUCAGCCACGUCAGAUGCAAACUCAAACUCAGCCUCAGCCUCAGCCCAAGCGGCCCUCCAGAGAGGAACGCCUCCCUGCAAAGAGAUCGGCCUCGCCCUCACCUCUCCCUUUUUGCCACUUUGCUCCCCAGUGCCCUGUCGAUUCUCCCCCUGUCAGCCCAGAGCCAGGGUCACAGCCAUUCAAUGCCACUAGAGUUGAGGAGAUUGAGAUGAAGCCAAGGCUCACCUGCCCCCUCCCCAGUGCCAGUAGCUCUAUGACAGUGGCUAGCUCCAUCUCGGCAUGGGAGCAGCGGGCGGCUCUGGAGAGCAGGCAGGGUUACCUUUCACCUAGUACGCCCACAAGAACACAGUCUCCCGCAGCCCCCUCAGCCAGCCGGGCCAGGAGGAGAGCUCUGUGUUGGGCUAGAGAGGAGGAGGAGGAAGCCUGCUCCCUAUCCCCUACAUUUGAUCUAGACAUAACUGAGAGAAGCUACAGGACGACGACACCGGUGCGCCCCUUGCACCGUCGCUCCCGGUCUGCUGGUGGAGAGAAGUGGGUGGACCACAAGCCCGCCUCCAGUCUGGACCUGGGUACUGUUCUGCAGCCCGUCGUCCCCAAUGCCAUUCAGGUGUCUGCACCAAAUGAGAAAGCCCUGUCCAAGUGUGACAGGUAUGUGUUAACGCACCAGGAGGUUGCCUCCGAUGGCGAGAUACAGACCAAACUUAUUAAGGGUGAGGUGAUUAAAACCAGGGGAGGAGGACAAGCUGUCCAGUUCACUGACAUCGAGACUCUGAGACAGGAGCUUACCACAAUCCCAAGCCGCAAGAGGAAAUCUUCGGAAGGCGCGCCAGCCAAUGGAAAUCAAAGUGAUGGAGCUUGGACUGAUGUGGAGACAAGGUGCUCUAUGGCUAUGGAGAUGAGAGCUGGAUCAAACAUGGCCCCUGGUUUCGAGCAUCACGGGAUCACCAAGCGCAGAAAACCCUAAAAGCAGUCGACAGCUGCUCCAGUGAUCGCUCCCCUCCUCACUAUCCUCACCUGGCUGUUGUGCAAUAGUCUAACUUUUUUAUAUUUAGCUCUAGUGAUGAUAUUUAAACAUUUUUCCAUGCUUUUUACAUAUGCAGAAGUGUAUAUACGUGAGUCACCAAAGCCAUUUUGUAAAAUAUUUUAUAUGCUGUAUUUGAACCAAUAGAAAACAAGUGUUACUUAGUUGAGGAUGGUGGCAGACGUUUUGUUACUGUGGCCCUGCGGCUGAAGAGUGUUUGCACAGUUGUGUGUAAUGUAAUCACAUACCUUACUUGGCACAUGAAGAGUCAUUGUAAAGCUUCCACUACACUGAUUUGACUACCACAUAAAUUUUCUGUCUCUUGAUUGGUAAAAUAUAUUGAGCUUCAACUACAGUUUGAAAAAUCCAGUUCUUUGUGAGUUUCUGUCUUUGCAAAUAUAAAACUGAGCUCUCCUGCCUUCACUGUCUAUGCAGGAAUAAAAUUCCUCUGAAGCAUCA